GCAGCGCGCGUAGUGGACAGUCGCGGUACUGCAGGGGAUCAGCAGCUCCCCGAAAGUGAAAGCAUUCUGAAUCAGGAAGUGCUGGGAGUUAACAUGGCUUCGAAAGGACCGGUCGAGAGUUUAACAGAGGAGGUAAUUUGUCCUGUCUGCCUGGAUUUAUUCACGGAUCCGGUAUUACUGGAGUGCGGACACAACUUUUGUCGCUCUUGUAUCACAAGGUGUUGGGAAAGGGAGCAGAGAAACUCCUGCCCGGAAUGUAGAAAGGAGUUUGCUGACCGCACCCUCAGGGUGAAUCGGGCCUUAGCAAAUCUGGCUGAAAAAUUUCGAAAUCUAGACCUAAAUCCGAAAGGGAUGGAAAGUAAACGUCACUGCGAGGAACAUGAGGAAGAACUGAAGCUGUUUUGUGAAACGGACAAGACACCGAUCUGUGUGAUCUGUAGAGACGCGCAGGAACACAGAGAGCACCGCUUCAAGCCGAUUAAAGAAGCUGUUAAAAACUAUAAGGAUCAGCUAAAAUCUGUCCUAGAUUCUCUCACAAAAAAGAAAUCAGACUUCCAGGAAAAGGAGCAGCAACAGAAAGAGAAGAUUUCCGGAGUUCGGAAACAGUCACACAGCGUUCAGACCCACAUCACAUCCCAGUUUGCUGAACUGCGACAGAUUAUCACUGACAAAGAGCAGAGCUUACUCAGGGAUCUCAGGAAGGAAGAGGCGAGGAUUCUAAAUCCAAUGGAGAAAAAUCUUCGAGAGAUUCAAGAGAAUAUAAGGUUUAUUCAGGAGGAAAUCACUAAGUUAAAGGAACAGAUGGAUCAAGAAGACAGUGUGAUAUUUCUCAAGGAGGAAGCUCGUCGGAACAGGAGGAUUAAUGAUGAUAUCCAGGAAUUGUCAGUGACAGAUGAGACCCUACAGGUUGAAAAAUUCGAUCACCUCUAUUUGUUGAAAACAGUGCUGAGAGAAACGCUUGAUGCUAUUAAUCGAGGCCCCCAGUCCUGGUAA